UUGAGAUGACGCUUCUAAAAAAAACACAACAAUAUAAGUUGCUGGUGGAGAAAAUGUACAAUAGAUGCCAACAAAUACAGGCGGAAAAUGAACGAAGUGUGAUGAGAGUAAAUGGCAUAAAGAAAAUACUGCGGCGAAGAACAUACGAUGUGGAGUUGUUAAAGAGACGGCUAGACAAGCAUGGUGACAAUUGGCGGUCAGUGCCAAUGGUGCCACCUCAACCCAAAGGCAAACCCGAACAAAAACGCCGCGGACCGAAGCCAAAGAACAAACAACCAAAUGCAGAUGGAACUCACGAAAGUGAAGCACAGCAAAUGGUGGGGCGCAAGCCCAGAAAACAACGCGUAAAGAAGCAAUCAACAGAUGUGAAUGCAACAACUGUGAUGCCACGACAACAAUUGUUCACUUGAUCACAUUAUUUUCGCUGUAGUUUAAUUACAUGUAUUUUAUUUUUUUAGAAUUUACUUAUAUAAAGCUAAAACAAAGAAA